UCUUUGAGUGCUUUCCUUUCUUCCAGAUUGGAAGGAGUUUGUAGGCCUUCGUGGGCUCAGUUGCCUAAUAUGUGUUUGCGUUUUUAGGGUGAUUUUAGUACCCCGAUUAGGGUGUCCCUAAUCAUGGUCCCUGACAAGGAGGAUGAAAGCUUGUGCAGUUUACUGUUAAAUGAUUAGAGUCGGUACUGCAACACAUCUGCUUGAUAAACAUAUUUGUACAUGUCCAAGUAUCUGAUGAACGGAUUAAAUUCAAUAUAACUCUUGACUAUUGACCCUUGCUUUAUCUGGAAUUUGUCAACUAUUGAAAACUAUUCUCUUUCUAGUCCCAAUAAGUUGAUGGAUCUGAUUAUUCCAUGCCAUGAUUCUGUGAUUACUUUGUUUAGUUUGUUAGUAGUUUGCAUGGUAUCUAUCACUGUGUGGGCAUAAUCUAUUAUGUCAAAUGGGGCCACAACAUGCACAUACAGUGUGCCACAUUAUGGUGGAUGACUGAGUCGGCUGCAGUCUCUCUAAAUCAUGCCAUGAUUAGUGAAUCUUUGCCCUCUGCUUACUUUGAAUAGAAUGUAGCUGGAAUCUUACAUUCGCAUAUCAACCUCAGUGAAAGAAUUUACUUAGUAUGGCCAAGCCUGUUGCAAUGUGUUUAUUUGGUAGAUGAGUGAUUCUUUGUUUAAGUGAUAUAUUUUGAUCAAGUUGGAUUUGGGUAUGAAAUGGGUAUUUCUUGAUUUGAUGAAAUGUCAACUGCUUUUUCUAAUAUGUUUUGUUUAAUUAUCUUAUUCUGCUAUAUGAAGAAACGCGUUCUCUAAUAGAAUCGAAUUCAAGAAUAGUAGAAGCAUUAAUCAAUGAAGCUCAUGUUUUGGGAGAGAGGAUUUUCUACAUUCCUCGUGUACAUCAGUACGCCCUCCCCUAUUUGCGUCUGAAGUGGCCUACAUGGCCUACUGUUGAUAUGCUUGCUGAUGAUGCUGAGGGUACCAAUGACGUUGCUGAUGAUGCUGAGGGUACCAAUGACGUUGCUGAUGACUAGGUAUUUUAAACUCUGUUGCUCCCACCAUUGCCAGCACCCCUUCCUCCCUCCCUCCAUCCCAGAUUUUGUUAGUUCGACAUUUGCAACUAUUCAUUGCUAGGAUGUACCUGGUGCUGGUAACGAUAAGGCUGAGGUGUAUGAUCCAGUGAAAGCUGGAAGUGUUGGAUCCGAAGAAGAAGCUGGUGCACACAAGGCCCCAGAGAAACAAGGAGGGUCAUCGUCAAAGGGAGAGUCAUCUGGUAGCAGUUUGGAACUAGCUCGAGUCAACUUCAUUUAUUCAAUGUUCCCGAAUGUGUCCACAGAUUCUAUUGAUGAGUUGCUCGAGGCAAAUGGUUUUGAUACGAAUCAGACUGUUCAUAUGCUUCAUGAUAAUGCUAAGGCUUCCAAUGCCCUUCAUGAUGACAAGGCUGAUAACCAAAAAGCUGAGGUGUCUGAUCCUAUCAAGGCUCAAGUCAAUUUGGUCUAUACGAUGUUCCCUAAUGUCUCUACAAAUUCCAUUGAUGAGUUGCUCAGGGCAAAUGAUUUUGACAUUGAACAGACUAUUGAUGUGCUAGAUAUGCUUGAUGAUGAUGCUGGGGAUAUCAACAUGGCUGGGGAUAUCAACAUGGUUUAUUCAAGGUUCCCAAAUGACUCCAGAGAGUUCAUUGAUGAGUUACUCAAGGCAAAUGAUUUUGACAUAAAACAGACUAUUGAUAUGCUUGAUGAGAUGAACUCACCUCAUGAUGACCAGGGCCUGCCUGGAUGAUAAGCCAGUGGGGAUUUCUGUUGCAAAGUAAUCUUACAUAUCAAGUCAGUCUGUUUGAUUCGUGUUAGUGGUCUAUGGUGUGUACAUACUAGUUGCACCCAGAAGUGUGGUUUGGAGGACAAAGUAGUGGAAGCUACUGUUCUAUUCCUGUUUGCAGGACAAAUCGCUUGUUUCAAAUUGCUUGUUCAGGUCCUCUUGUCUGAGUAGUUUGGUAUUUCUGGUGGUUA